GGUUAAAUAAAUCCAAAGUAAGUCACCAUGGGAGUUUUAACUAUACUGUUAGUAGCUGUUGUUGGAACUGUCUACGGAUAUGGCUAUGGUGGUGGUAGAGGCGGCGGCGGAGGUGGAGAUAUAGAUUACGUUGCCCUAGGAGGAGGCGGCGGAGGCGGGGGAGGUGUUCUGGGCGGCGGAGGUGUAGUUGGAGGUAUCAUUGGAGGUGGCGGAGGAGGAGGUGGUGCUGGUGGCCUCAUCGGAGGAGGUUUAAUCGGAGGUGGAGGCGGAUAUGGAGGUUGGGUCGGAGGAGCUGGUAGAUGGUGGUGUACCUGCCGUCCAGGUCUUUGCCGUAAAGGGGAGCUUACUUUGGACAAAAAAUGCAGACUUUCACCAUUGUUUCCAUGGCAAUGGAAUACAUGUUGUCAAUGGUUCCCAUGGUGGGUAACCAGCCGUAGCUACGGUGUUGGCAUCGGAGGUGGUAUUGGUGGUGGCAUCGGUGGUGGAAUUGGCGGUGGAAUUGGCGGCGGGAUCGGUGGAGGAGUUGUUGUAGGAGGUGGAAUAGGAGGAAUAGGAGGUGGUGGAUUAGGAGGUGGAUUAGGCGGAGGAUUAGGUGGUGGAUUAGGAGGUGGAUUAGGUGGUGGAUUAGGCGGAGGAUAUGGUGUCGGAUAUGGUGGAGGAAAAAAGUCAUAUUAAGCUAAAUGAUGUACAGAACAGAAAUGGGAAACAAUUCUACAUUGUAUAGGAUGGCAUAAUAAUGUGCAAUUAAAAUAUAUUGGUUUAUA